UCUGCCUGCACAGUUGAGGUCCGAUGAUCGUAGCGCAGUCGGUAUCUGGUCACCCGUCGAAUGUGUGCCAAAAGAACGUCUGGUUCUCAUUCUACCCUAUCGUGAUCGUGAUGAGCAUUUACGCGUGUUCCUCAAUCACAUGCAUCCGUUUUUACGACAUCAACAACUUAUGUACACUAUCAUAGUGGUUGAACAACUCGGCACUUCUCGAUUCAAUCGGGCGUCCCUAUUCAAUGUGGGUAUUCGUGAAUCCGGUCGUGUCGCGCAAUUUGACUGUUUCAUCUUUCACGAUGUCGACUUGCUCCCGGAAGACGACCGACUUCCUUACCGAUGUGGCGAUCAACCGAUUCAUUUGUCCGUGUCUGUGGAUGCGCAUAAUUACAAGUGA